CUUUGGUUUGCUUUCCUUUAUUCAUCCCCAUCCCCAAUAUAUCUCUCUCGGAUAGGAAGGAGGCUCCUUUUUCGCCCCCAUUUCUCCCAUGGCGUUCCUCCUCCCUCUCACCGACGCCACCUCACUCCCGGCGGCCAAAGCCCCACUCCCCAGGCGGACGAGCAGCAGCAGCCCCGAUCCCGGCAGGACACCGCGACGAAGCGUUUGCGCCCGUGGCGGGGUCAAGGACGAGGCUAAGGAGAGGGUGAUUAGGGUGUCCGAUCCAUUGCGGGAGAGGGGCCUGCUCUCUCCCCCUCUCCUCUCCGUCCCCCUAAUUUCCGGCGCUUCGUCUGCUUCUCCCCCGUCCCCCUCUGUGACGCCGCAGCAGCAGAUGGACGACGGCGACGAGAGGCAUAGCUACUAUGUCAACAUGGGAUACGCGAUUCGGACCUUGCGAGAGGAUUUUCCUGAUACCUUCCAGCGUGAACCCAACUUUGACGUAUUUAGGGAUGAUAUUGUCUUCAAAGAUCCUCUCAACACGUUUGCUGGUAUUGACAAUUAUAAAAGGAUUUUUUGGGCACUAAGACUUAGUGGCCGCAUUUUCUUUCGGGCCAUAUGGAUUAACAUUGUGAGCAUAUGGCAGCCUGUGGAGAAUGUUAUCAUGAUCCGUUGGAUUGUUCAUGGCAUUCCCCGAGUGCCUUGGGAGAGUCAUGGCCGCUUUGAUGGAACCUCAGAGUACAAACUUGACAAGAAUGGAAAGAUCUAUGAGCAUCGUGUAGACAAUGUUGCUCUUAAUACACCGACCAAGUUUCAGGUACUGCCAGUGGAGGAGCUGAUUCAGUUGCUUGGCUGUCCAUCCACUCCAAAGCCCACUUAUUUUGAGACAUCACUAUCAAGUGGCUUUUCUUGCUUGAAAUUUAUGUUGAGACUCUCAUGGAUCAAAUGCUACUUGGCAUUUUAUCUAGUUGCAUCCAGAUGUGCCGAAAAGGACUGACAGAAGUUUCUGCUUCCCAAAAUACUUAUGGAGUUUUGCCAACUGACAUUUGGGAGUUAGCCUAUGUAUAAAUUGUUGGUAUCAGAUUCUUGUAUAGUUGUACAGUCAGUUGUAAUGCAGUUUUCAUGAAAUUAUUGUUCCAUAUAAUUUAACCGAAUGUAGCCACAAAAUAAACAGGUGUUGAUAAAAUCCUAGAAAAAAUAAAAGUUAGCGUAUUCCUUAA